CGCGGGCUGUAGCUGCGUUAGUUAUGUUGUGAAAAUGCCGUCGGAGCAAGCUAAAAAUGCCGCCUCGGUGUUACCAACACCAACGGAGAAGCCUUUCCAUUACUCGUAUUUGAAAGAGUUUCGAACUCAACAGUGUCCAGAUUUCCUGCAGCACAAAUGUCAGCAUCAUCGGCCGUUUACUUGUUUUCACUGGCACUUUAUGAACCAACGACGAAGAAGGCCGAUCAGAAAACGAGAUGGUACUUUUAACUACAACCCGGAUAUAUAUUGUACCAAAUAUGAUGAAACCACUGGAUUAUGUCCAGACAUUGACGAAUGUCAGUAUCUUCAUCGUCCAGCUGGUGAUGUUGAAAGAAGGUACCAUCUCAGAUACUACAAAACUGGCAUCUGUGUACAUGAGACUGACUCCAGAGGGCACUGUGUCAAGAAUGGUCCGCACUGUGCAUUUGCGCAUGGUCCUCAUGAUCUACGACCUCCAGUGUACGAUGUGCGUGAAUUAGUGGCUAUGCAGGAAGCAGGGGGUAGUAUGAUUGCCGCUCCAAUGCUCUCACCCAAUCCAGAUAACAACAAUACAAAUCCUCCCAUCCAGUCAAUACCAACUAGCAUUGCAGAAAAAGACAAAAAUGCUGUGAAUGAUGUGGAACAUAAAUGGCAAGAUUCUAGUUAUGUAUUAAGCAAUUAUAAAACUGAUAUAUGUAAAAGACCUCCUAGAUUAUGUAGACAAGGAUAUGCCUGUCCACAAUAUCACAAUAGUAGGGAUAGACGAAGAAGUCCAAAAAAAUAUAAGUAUAGGUCAACACCCUGUCCUAAUGUUAAACAUGGUGAUGAGUGGGGUGAACCCACUAACUGUGAACAAGGUGAUGGGUGUUUAUACUGUCAUACUAGAACUGAACAACAGUUUCAUCCAGAAAUCUAUAAAUCUACUAAAUGCAAUGACAUGCAACAGACUGCAUACUGUCCACGAGGACCUUUCUGUGCAUUUGCACAUAUAGAACAAGAGAUGACAUCAAUAAAAGAGUUAGAGGAAGAACAAAGCAUCUCAUGUGUAGGCGGGACAACGAUGACAUCUAGUCAGUUUACAAUCUCAUUAAGCCAACAGCUUUCAACAACAAUAACAAGUACAUUAUCUGGUGAUAGUUCACCGCUUAGUAUACCAAGUCAGAGUCAAGUCAUAGGUCCUAUAGCCAAGCCCAGAUCUAAUAGUACAAGUAGUAACUUCUCAUCUGAAAGCGCUUCUUACAUGAAAGCACCUGGAUAUGAAAGAGAAGAUAUACAUGCAAAUUUAAGGAAACAUUUAUUAGUUAUAGAAAAUGAUACCAAUUUAGAUGAACAGGAAAAAGCUAGAAGAAAACAGAAUUUGUUGAUGUCUCAAAAUAUGACACCUGGUAGUCCGUUAGCAUCUACACCGCCUACACCAUCAUCUUUAUCUCAAGUAUCUCCAAUGGCACAACCAUUCUAUCCUGCUACUGACACCGUAGAAUCAGUUGUUGGUAAUGCCCUUGAUGAUUUAAAUAUUGAUGACUUUGAUGUUCAUACACUUGAUAAAGAAUUAGACAAUGAUACAGCAUCAAUAGGCAGUUCAGGAGCCGGUAUGGGGAGUUCUGGAGCCGGUAUGGUCAGUUCUGGAGCUGCUGUAGGUGGUGUGUUAGGUUCUUCAGCUCCAGUGAAUAUACCAGGAAGUGGUAGUACUAAUCCAAACGUCAAUAGUCAGCAAAUAUCACAGUCAAAUAGUACAGGGUCUUCUCCGCUGUCUCAGCUGCCGCCACCAUUUGUACCACAGCAUCUACAACAACAACAACAUCAACAACAACAAUUAGAACAGGCUGCUGCAGCAUUUAUGAGUCAACCAAAUCCGACACCACCGGGUAUGAGUCAGUUAGGAUUACAUAAUAUAUUAGGAUCACCUAGUACAUCACGGUUACAACAUAGUUCAAGUGGAUCUGAAGCACAGCAAAGAUUACACGAUGAUAACAAAGUACACAGAUGGGGUGAAGACUCUUGGAAUCAUAAUAAAGCUGUAGUCAGUAAAGCUUUAAGUGGAGUUGAUAAUUGUACUGGUCCUCAUUUACACAUGUUGCAGUCUCUAGGAAACUUGGAGAAUUUGCCAUUACUACAAUUAAAACAAAUACAAAGACAACUAAGGACAGAUCUUGCUAGGAUAGAUAAGGUGGUGUACGUACAACAAGCACUGAAAUGUAUGUUAUGUGAAGAAAGAAAUCGAAGUAUAUCUGUGUUACCUUGUCAACACUUUGUUUUAUGUGACCAGUGUACACCUAGAGAUUGUCCUUUUUGUCAUGCACAUAUAAGUCAGCGUUCUACCGUUCUUUUGCCGCUUUGAUUGUUAGGUUGAUGAGAUAAAUAAAUUUUAAAUAAAUAGAUGAUAUUCUAUUGUAAGAUGAAGGUAUUUAAUAGCAUGUGGCCUGCAGCAGCAUUUUAUCUCUAUAACUUUACGCUCAACUUGAUAGCGUUUUAUUCAAAUUACCUAGCUGGUUAGGCAUAAUUUAUACAAUGACAGAAUACUUAUUGAGGUUUUUGUUACACUUUUUAAAAAUUACAAAAAAAAUUAU